UCUUGUGUAACCCUUUUUUCUUUUAACAUAAAGAAUUACACUAGUAUAGCAAAUACCACCACUACCAUGCCUGAAGCAAUGACCAAAAAAUGGCCAGAAAAUCUCAUACAAAAUGCUCUCUUAGAAAUAAAAUUGCAAAGGGGAAUAGUACUCCCUCUAAUGGCUAUGAACUUCACAUGGUUUGCAAAAACAGCCAUCACAACUGCGUUCCUCGGUAGGCUUGGAGAGCUUCCUUUAGCAGGAGCCACGUUAGGUUUUACGUUCGCGAACGUGACUGGAUUCUCAGUCUUGAAUGGACUAAGUGGUGCUAUGGAGCCUAUUUGUGGACAAGCAUUUGGAGCCAAGAAUCAUAAGUUACUUCACAAGACCCUUGUUAUGGCUACUUCUUUGUUACUAUUUGUCUCAAUUCCUAUUUCUUUCUUGUGGCUUAAUGCUGACAAAAUUCUCAUUAAAUUUGGCCAGCAAGAAGACAUUUCUAUGGUAGCUAAAAAAUAUCUUACUUAUCUCCUCCCUGAUUUGGUAAUCACAUCUUUUUUGUGUCCAUUGAAAGCUUAUUUAACCACACAAAAUAUUCCAAUUCCAAUUAUGCUAACCUCAGCUCUGGCUGUUGCUCUGCAUAUACCGAUAAACGUGCUACUUUCAAUGACUAAGGGGCUAGAAGGAAUUUCCAUGGCAUAUUGGAUAACAGACUUAUUGAUCACGAUUCUUUUGGCCAUUUAUGUAGUGAUAGCGGAGAAUAAAAAGGGCGGAAAGUGGAACGAAGGAGGCUGGUGGGAACAGGGGAUUUAUGAUUGGAUCAGAUUGCUCAAACUCGCUGGACCUUGUUGCCUUACUACUUGCCUUGAAUGGUGGUGCUAUGAGAUUUUGGUUUUGCUAACAGGGCGUCUCGCGAAUGCUAAACAAGCAGUUGGGGUUAUAGCAAUUGUGUUGAACUUUGACUACUUGGUCUUCUCUGUUAUGCUCUCGCUUGCCACAUGUGCAUCCAUUCGCGUGUCCAAUGAGCUGGGGGCAGAUAGUCCGGGCCCUGCUUACAGGGCAGCAUAUGUGUCAUUAGGGUUAAGUAUGGUCGUUGGUUUUCUCGGUGGCUCUGUAAUGGCAGCAGCAAGAGGAAUUUGGGGGCCUUUGUUUAGCCAUGACAAAGGGAUAAUUAGAGGUGUGAAGAGGAUUAUGUUGUUAAUGGCCUUAAUUGAAGUUGUUAACUUCCCUUUAGCAGUUUGUGGAGGAAUUGUUCGGGGAACGGCGCGGCCUUGGCUAGGGAUGUAUGCUAAUAUCAGUGGAUUUUACUUGUUGGCAUUGCCGCUAGGGGUUAUUUUUGCUUUUAAGGUUCAGUUAGGUCUUGCAGGAUUAUUGAUAGGGUUUAUGGUUGGAGUAGUUUUUUGUUUGGCCUUCUUGUUGGUGUUGAUUGCUAGGAUUGAUUGGGUUGGAGAAGCUAACAAAGCACAUAUGCUUGCUUGCAAUCAGGGAGAAGCUGGUGAAGAUGAUGGUCGCAAAACUUCGGGGAUGGUUAAAGAAAAUGGCUCAUGAAUUCAGAGGCAGAUGUAGAGUGUUAGAAGUGAGUUCAAUCAAAUCAUUACGUUCCACAUAGAUGUAAAUAUUUAUGUGAAAAGACUUUCAGAAAAGUAAUAUCUACU